CUUCCUUCUGUCCUCCACCACAGUACAGGCGCAGCUGACCACAUCCAACUGGAACCAUGCAGUCUGUCGAGGCCAAAUUUAACAGAAACAGCCUUCUCUUAGCUCUGAGACGAUACAGUUCGGCUGUCAGUGACAUGGAGCAGACCAUCCUCCUGCCGAGCCUCCUGCGAGAUGUGCCCUCUGACGAGGUGUGGGACAGUGAAGCAGCAGAGGAGUCAUGCAGAUGCAGAGACCUGUAUGGAAACUACCUGAUGCUCAAAGCCAUAAGAAACACAGUGGAGAGUGGCCUGGUUCCCCUGGAUGACCCCAAGACCAAGAACAGCACAGUGCUCAGCAAGACCCUGGAGCCUCUCUUGGACACAGAUCCUGAAGCCCUCUUUCGCUUCCACCUGAAAGGACUGUUUUCUGUGAUGAGUGAGCUCACCAAGAAGACUCAGAACCUCACUGGGAAAUAUAUGGACAUAAUUGGAGCUGCAAAUUAGUAAACAGUGCAAGAUGUGUGGACAUCACACAAACAAUCAGGUGGUUGUAAAUGUGUGGUAUAUGUGACAAAGUCACUUGAACGUCCCAAAUGUCUGAACUGUUUACAUUUGUUGACCCUGUGCUUCUAACUUAAUAAAUA